GAGUGAGAAACAAUGCUCACCAAGAGGGAUGAGGACUAAGAGGAAAUUAUGGUAAGCAAGAAUCAAUCGGAAAUGAAAACCAUAGGAAUGACAAGAUUAAAACGAGAGGAAUGAAAAAAUAUAUGAAAUUCUAGUGGUAUUUUGUAGAAUUUCAGUAACAGAGUAAUCAUUAAUUUCUUUCCCAAUAAUUAAUAACAUAAUUGAAGAUAGAGACGACAGCAAAAUUGAAAAUUCUGAAAGACACUAACAAAUAAUAAUUAAUGAGAGACAGAUUGUCCAUUAAGUCAUAGAUAUUGAAAUUUACAUCAUUACAUGGUGAAUGGUCGGUCCGAAACCGAACCGAUUAAAAGGGUUCAGUUUUGGAUGCAAGAAUGGCGGCUGUGGGUAGAGAAGUAGAGAAGAGGGAAGGGAGAAUGGAGGGAAACAGAGUAGUGGUGGUUUCAGCUCUGCAAUUCGCCUGCACCGACGACGUCCCCACUAACCUCAAUACCGCUGAAAGGUUGGUGAGAGAUGCUCACAGGAAGGGUGCAAAUAUUAUUCUUAUUCAGGAACUAUUUGAAGGAUAUUACUUCUGUCAAGCACAGAGGGAGGAUUUCUUUCAGCGAGCUAAGCCUUACAAGGGUCAUCCUACAAUUCUGAGGAUGCAAAAACUUGCAAAAGAGUUGGGAGUAGUGAUACCAGUUAGCUUCUUUGAAGAGGCAAACAAUGCUCAUUACAAUUCAAUUGCCAUAGUUGAUGCUGAUGGCACUGAUCUUGGAAUCUACAGAAAGUCCCAUAUCCCAGAUGGACCAGGCUACCAGGAAAAGUUUUACUUCAAUCCAGGCGACACUGGCUUUAAGGUUUUUGAAACUAAGUUUGCAAAAAUUGGAGUUGCAAUAUGCUGGGAUCAGUGGUUUCCAGAGGCAGCUCGAGCUAUGGUUCUUCAAGGUGCAGAGAUUCUUUUGUACCCUACUGCUAUUGGGUCUGAACCUCAAGAUACCGGACUUGAUUCUUGUGAUCACUGGAAGCGAGUGAUGCAAGGGCAUGCUGGGGCUAAUUUGGUACCUCUAGUAGCUUCAAACCGCAUUGGGAAGGAAAUAAUCCAGACAGAGCAUGGAAAUACUGAAAUCACAUUCUAUGGAAACUCUUUUAUAGCAGGACCCACUGGAGAAAUUGUCGCAGCUGCUGAUGAUAAAGAGGAAGCUGUUGUUGUAGCACAAUUUGAUCUGGAUAAAAUCAAAUCCAAGAGAUAUAGUUGGGGGAUAUUUAGGGAUCGACGCCCAGACCUAUAUAAGGUGCUUCUGACAUUAGAUGGCAGCAAACCCUGACUAUGUUUAGUAUCCCUUUUCCAAUAAUACCUUGUUGUAGAGGUAAUAAAGAAAAUUGUUUAACCAUUAUACCUCACUGUAGAGGUAACAAAGAAAAUUAUUUAACCAUCAUAUUGUUUUUCAAGAAAAAAAGAGUUAAAAACAUGAUUGAACAUAGAUGCUUUUCAUAAAUAUUUCAGAAUAAAAAUGAUUAUGUAAAAA